CUUGAGGCCUUGUUUUAAUGUAUUAUAAUGGAUGACACCACUGGACAUGUGAUUUAUGCAUGGUUCUUAUGGCAGUUACUCCUUAUUCCUUUGAGUAAAGGAGUGCGAGUGGUGGAUGGUCCCAUUACUGGAGUGGUAGGGAGCCCAGUCAUCAUUAACUGUCUACUGGUUGAUACAUAUGAAGAAAUUAGGCAGAUAACAUGGCAAAAGGAGAUCAACAGAGAAUACAAAAACUUUUAUAUAUUUACACCUUCUGAUGGUGAACGGAUACUGCUUGACUUUGGCAAGAAGUUUAAACGUAUCGGAGAUAAACUUAACAACGCCUCUCUGCUACUUUCUGAUCCAGACUUAUCCGAUGAAGGGAAUUAUAAAUGCAUUUUUACCAUUUUUCCAAGUGGCCCAUUUGAAAGAGUUAUACAAGUCACAAUAUUUGUUCGUCCAUCUGUCACUGUAACUGUAGACACAGAUGCCAGCACUGAAGGAUGUGAAAGCAAUAUUGCUAUCUGCACUGCAGCAAAUGGCAAACCAAAACCUCUUGUCUCUUGGAGUGAUGCUCCAUCUGCAUCCAAAAGUACAGAAAAUACAACAUCUCAAAUAAAUGGGACAUUUACGGUUCGGUCUGUCCUGUGGACAGUGGCUACAAGGAAAAUUCAUGACCAUGAAGUGUUUUGUGUUGUGAAGCAGCCUUUGAUCGAUACCAGCAUUUUAGUGCCAUUUAGGCUGAAUGUAACUUAUGCUCCAGUUGUUAAAGUACUCAUUGUGGAUGAAAAACCAAAUGAGGUUAUAGCUGACUGUGAAGCAGAUGCUAACCCCCCAGCUUCUCAUUAUACAUGGAGAAAGGAUAAUGAGAGGAUUCUUGAAACUAAAAAUAUACAGACAGAAGGAAGUAGGAUGAUCAUUAAAGAGCCAACACCCAGCAUAAAUGGAUUUUACUUCUGUGAAGCUGUAAAUUCAAAAGGCUCUGGAUUUGCCUCACUAUAUUUUUAUUUCACUUCUAGAUCAUACAACGGUAUACUUGCUUCUGGAAUUAUAUUGUUGAUGCUUGCCAUGACAGUUUUUGCCUUAGCCUGGUAUAAAAUAAAACAAAGGUGAGUUCCUAUUAGCAUGCAA